AGAAGAGGAAACUUGCCAAAGGAAGUAACCGAGUUUCUGAAACGAUGGUUGAUUUUGCAUAAACGGCAUCCGUAUCCAACCGAAAGGGAAAAACAAGAGCUUGCGGAUGAAACAGGUCUCGGAGUGAACCAAAUAAGUAAUUGGUUUAUUAAUGCGCGUCGACGU